GCAGUUGUUUUCCCAACAUCGAGAACUGCUUGAGGAAGAAGUGAACAAACUUCAAACUGUGGUGAGAAUGGAAACAGCGGUGGAUGAGAAAAUGGAGCAGGGCACACAUUAUAAUCCUCUGUUCGACAUGUCACUGAGCAGGAGUAAUCACUACAGCUUCCAGCAUGAUGAUCUAAAACCAGCCAGACCCAGAAGACAGUGGACUUUUGCUGUGAUAAUAAUUUGUGUCAUCUUACAGACAGCCCUUGAUGUUUUUCUCAUCUAUAAAGUUUUAAUGAUGGAUUCUACACAAGCAUCUAAUGCAGCAGAGAGGAGAACAUCUGAUCGCAGCUCCCUGGGUGAUAACCUCAACCUUCUCAUCUACAACAACAGCCAAGAAACUAAGAACCUGAGGAGCCACCUACUGGAUUUGGAAAAUCAGCUCGGGAGCUUGUGUGGUGAGGAGGGUGAGCUACAAAAACUAAGGGCUGACCUGGACCUGCUCAACACCAGCAGCCACAACCUGGAAAAUACCAUUAGGCUCAAAACAGGCCCACCAGGUCCUCCAGGUACAAAUGGUUUGCCUGGACAGCAAGGUCUGAAAGGAGAGAGAGGGCCAAAAGGUGACAGUGGGGUUUCUGGCAUUCCUGGUCAAAGAGGUGAAACAGGACUCAAAGGGGAGAAAGGAGAUCCCGGGGCCGCUGGUGAAGUUGGUCCCAGAGGUCCAGCAGGGAAUGAAGGAACACCCGGCAGAAAGGGGGAGCCAGGGGUCCGUGGACAACCAGGCCCUGGUGGAGAAAAGGGUGACUCUGCAUUGUCUGGAGCGAAAGGACAGACUGGACUGCCUGGUGUACCUGGGUCUAAAGGACAAAAAGGAGAUCCUGGAAGUAUUGGUCCUCAGGGACACCCAGAUGGAGGAGGACCUAUUGGAUGUAAUGGAACACAGGGUCCGCCUGGACCACGAGGGUUAAAAGGAGAAAAGGGCGAGUCAGGAAUGCCACCGAAUGUACGUCUAGUGCCUGGAAAAAACAGAGGACGAGUGGAAGUCAUGCACAAAAAUGUCUGGGGUACCAUUUGCGAUGACAGCUUCGAUAAUUUAGAUGGAAGAGUGAUCUGUAAAAUGCUAGGUUUCCAGUCUGUUACUUCCACCUUCACUGCUACCCCAGGUUCCGGUAAGAUAUGGUUGGAUGAGCUCCAAUGUACAGGAGAAGAAUCUGAUAUCUUUGAGUGUCGACAUGCUGAAGUUGGUGUUCACAACUGUCAACAUACUGAGGACGUGGGAGUGAGCUGUGUGUAGCUAGAGAUAGAAAACAGAGCAAACCAUGGAAAGUCACAUUAUUUACCUUUUUAUUAUAUUAGACUGAGGUGUGCAUAAGAAUAUUUUCUGUGUUUUUUGUCAAAUCAUUUCAGUUAUACACUAAUCAGCCAUUAUAUUAUAGAUGCACUUAUUGGAGUAGGUCCCAUAUUAUAGAUGAUCAAUAUCCCCCUGGAAUUGGAGUUUUUUGACACCCAGCUUUCUUGGAUGUAUUUGGCACAACACUACUAGUAGCAAGUUUAAAAGUCUUGGAGGAUAACAAGCAAUCCCCUUAACUAGCCACUUAUCCUAUAGUGGACUGGAGAAGUCAAGAAACCUAUUGCCUUGUUGAUUUUUCUUUCAGUAUCAGUGGAGCAUGUUAUUCUGGUAGAGAGUUUUAUCAUGGAGGUCAAAUAUGUGAAUGGAUGUACUUGACCAGAAAUUAUUUUCAGAAGGUGAUUAUAAAUUGCAAGUCUUCCAAGAAAAGCUGAACUCAAGAUUCUUCAAUAUCCAUCCUUGUUCAUUUCUCCUAUUGAGUGUCUAUGUACAAAUUUAUUCUCUUGAUAAUUUAUCAACCCUGGUGCCCACGUGGUCUUAAUUUCUUUAGAGUAUAUACAAAGGAAUAUUUAAGACUUAGUCACAGUUUCCAUAUAUACAUUUUAUUCUCAGCUGUGACAAUUAUAGACAUGUGUGAUGUUGGGCACCAUGACCAAGUCUUUCAGCCAUUAGGAUAAAUAACAGAGAUUAGUUUUUGAGCCUUUUGGGCACUUUAAUGCUUUAAUAUCUAGCAGAACUGCAUUCCAUUUACCACACAUUGAUGAUUGAUGCCAUAGUAGAAUAUUAAAUGACUGUUGGUAAUGUAACUCCAUUUUGUUUUUCUUGACUGCCAAAUGUUAACAUUAAGCCAUGUAUUCCUCUGAACUACUAAUUCACAAUUCUUGAUUGCAGAGUGCUCAAUGCUUGCCAGCAAACAUGUGCAGCCUUACCAUUUACCAGAUUACAAAAUAUAAACCCUCAAUGUUCAUUAAAUUGUUUAAUACAUUUUCUGCAAAGGAAGAAAUUAGUAAAUUAAAGAAUUUCCUUGAGGAACGAAGAAAAGACUAGAUGUCAAGGCUGCACCUUUGUCUUAAAAGAAAAACAAUUAAAACCAAGGUGUGAUUGUUCUUUAAGAUGUCUACAUCUUAUCUGUUUUAAACCUGUCAUUGACUGGUGUCUUUGAAAUCCUGAUUGUACCAACAAUGCUUAACAUCAGAUUCUUGUAUCAGGAGUGCUUUACCACAAAGUCUGCUUAAUAAUAAAUACAUAAGAUAAAGGA